GGGGCGGAGUUGGGGAUUGAGGGCUUGGAAGCCCUACGGUGCCCUGUAUCUGUAGGAAGCCUUGGCUGGGUAACUGGGCUGGUUUAUGCUGUCCUGAUGCCAUCCUUUAGCAGGAUGCUGGGGACACUGGGGCUUUGGACACUGCUUCCUGCAGUUGCACAAGGUAAGUGUCUGCAGAGAGGGGCAGCGGGGACGCUGCCUCUUAAGGGGAAAGGUGUACCUGGAGCAGGAGCUACCCAUUUGGAAGAGGAAGAGGUAAGCGGGCAGGAUGAAUGAAGAUGAAGGGCAGAGCCACAAGUUCCCAGGGUGGGGUAUCAGACCUCAGACCUCCGCUGACCCUGCGCCUCUGCCAUACUGACCCUGGGACUGUAGUUUGUUUCUCCUUUUGGCUGCUGUGUGUCCCUGCCUUCACUCCCUUCUUGACUCCCCUUUCGCCUUGGACUCCAGUGUCCCCGAACAGCAGGACCUGUGUGUUCUUUGAGGCUCCUGGAGUUCGGGGGAGCACAAAGACACUGGGGGAAGUGCUGGAUACAAGGCCAGGCCCCCCCAAGAGCAUCCGCUGCCUCUAUAGUCAUUGCUGCUUUGCUAUCUGGAAUCUGACCCGUGGCCGGGCACACGUGGAGAUGCAAGGAUGCCGAGACAGUGAUGAGCCAGGCUGUGAGUCCCUGCACUGUGACCCAGUCCCCCGAGCCCGCCCAAGCCCCAGCUCCACCCUCUUCACUUGCUCCUGUAGCACUGACUUCUGCAAUGCCAACUACAGCCUUCUGCCUCCUUCAGGGCACCCAGGGCCUCCUGGACCCCAGGGUCCCCAGCCUACCCCAGGUGGGCCCAUCUGGAUGGUACUGCUGCUGCUGGGGGUGUUCCUUGUGCUGCUACUGGGCAGCAUCAUCUUGGCCCUGAUACAACGAAAGGCCUGUAGAGUGCAUAGUGGGUCAGACCCGGAGCCAGACUCAGGAGGAGAUUGCAGUGAGGAACUGCCCGAGCUGGAUGAACUAUGCUUCUCCCAGGUAAUCCAAGAAGGAGGACACGCAGUCGUGUGGGCCGGGAGGCUUCAGGGUGAGAUGGUAGCCAUCAAGGCCUUUCCCCCAAGGGCUGUGGCCCAGUUCCGAGCUGAGAGAGCUGUGUACCAGCUGCCGGGCCUACAGCACGAUCACAUUGUGCGCUUUAUCACUGCUGGCCAGGGAGGCCCUGGGCCCCUGCCCUCUGUGCCUUUACUGGUACUGGAACUGUACCCUAAGGGCUCCCUGUGUCACUACUUGACACAGUAUACCAGCGAUUGGGGAAGUUCCUUGAGGAUGGCUCUGUCCCUGGCUGAGGGCCUGGCGUUCCUCCAUGAAGAGCGCUGGCAGGAUGGCCAAUAUAAACCAGGUAUUGCUCACCGAGACCUGAGCAGCCAGAAUGUGCUCAUUCGGGAAGACAGGUCAUGUGCCAUUGGAGACCUGGGCCUUGCCUUGGUGCUCCCUGGCCUUGCUCGGCCCCCUGCCUCAGCACCCACUCAACCCCGAGGCCCAGCUGCCAUUUUGGAGGCUGGCACCCAGAGGUACAUGGCUCCAGAGCUCUUGGACAAGACCCUAGACCUACAGGACUGGGGCACAGCCCUCCAGAGAGCAGAUAUUUACUCCCUGGCUCUGCUCCUGUGGGAGAUCCUGAGCCGCUGUUCAGAUUUGAGGCCUGAUCGCAGACCACCACCUUUUCAAUUGGCCUAUGAGGCAGAACUGGGCAGCAAUCCCAGUGCCUGUGAGCUCUGGGCCUUGGCAGUAGAGGAGAGGAGGCGCCCCAACAUCCCACCCUCCUGGAGCUACUCUGACACAGACCCUGGGGGGCUGAAGGAGCUCCUGGAAGACUGCUGGGAUGCAGACCCAGAAGCACGGCUGACAGCUGAGUGUGUGCAGCAGCGGCUGGCAGCCCUGGCGUACCCUCAGGGGGCUUCCUCCUUUCCAGAGAGCUGUCCACAGGCCUACACCCCUCUCUGCCCAGAAAACUGUCCUUCAGCAUCUGCCUCUCCUACUGCCCCCUGCAGGCCUCAGCAGGGGUCCUGCCACCUCAGUGUUCAACAAGGCCUUGGUUCUAGGAGUCAGCCUGUCAGUACCAGUGCUCAUGUAUAAAUGAGCGGGUUGUGUGAACUCUAUAUAGCUAACAUACAUGUGGUAGUCACAUGCCUGUUGCUGUCAUUCUCUGUGGGGUUCUAUCCCACGGAGUACAUAUGCUCAAGAAAGAGAGUAAAGAUUUCUCACUGUUGGCCUUGGGCUUGUCUCCUUUUUUCCCCCCGUCUUUUUCACUAAU